GAAAAGUGUAACGUGGUUGCACAGUGUGUAAAUCCAGUUGAAAUUUUUUGUUUUUGUUCUCCUGAAAGAUUGAAGCGCCGGUUGAGAAAAAAAGCCGAGAGAGAAGGGUUUUAGCUCACAAUACUCUUAAAAACUUCCAUGGAGAUUGGAGCGAACUGUAGGGUUUUGGACCAGCCUCCAUUCUUAUGCGCGGCAAAGGGUUUUCAACUUUCUAAAGAACCCUCUACUAUUUUUCGAAAUGGUUCCUUUUAUAAACCCCCAACAAAUUUCUAUUGCAAAGCCAUUCUCAAUGACUUCCAAGUACCAAUGGAAAAGAAGAAGGUCAAUGUUAUACAUGAGCUUUCGAGUUUGGUUGCUUUAUCCCCAUUAGAUGGUCGUUAUUGGGGUAAGGUCAAGGACUUGGCCCCUUAUUUAAGCGAAUAUGGGUUAAUCUUCUUCAGGGUUCUUGUUGAGAUCAAAUGGCUAGUGAAGCUGUCGGAAAUACCUGAAAUCAUUGAGGUCCCAAGAUUCAGUAAAGAUGCUUCUUCAUUUUUACUAGGGAUUAUUGACAAUUUCUGUGAGGAUGAUGCUUUGGAGAUUAAAAAAAUCGAAAGAGUGACAAACCAUGAUGUGAAAGCUGUUGAAUAUUUCUUAAAACAGAGGUGUCAAUCACAUCCUGAGAUUUCUAAGGUGCUUGAGUUUUUUCAUUUCUCUUGCACUUCUGAGGACAUUAACAAUCUUGCACAUGGACUCAUGCUGAAAGAGUCAUUGGAAAAUGUUAUGCUUCCUUUCAUGGACAAGCUGACAAAUGCAAUAAGCACCAUGGCCAAAGAUAAUGCUUGCAUUCCAAUUCUUUGCCGCACCCAUGGACAGCCAGCAUCACCUUCAACCCUGGGAAAGGAAAUGGCAAUUUUUGCAGUUAGACUAGGUAGAGAAAGGUCGGAAGUUUCCAAGGUCAAGAUAAUGGGAAAGUUUGCUGGUGCAGUUGGAAACUAUAAUGCACAUCUUGUUGCAUAUCCAAAUGUUAACUGGCCUAAAGUGGCUGAAGAGUUUGUGAACUCUUUGGGAUUGAGCUUCAAUCCCUACGUAACUCAGAUUGAAACUCAUGACUACAUGGCUAAACUCUUUUUUACCAUUGUGAGAUACAAUAAUAUCUUGAUUGAUUUUGACAGAGAUAUUUGGGGUUAUAUAUCUUUGGGCUAUUUUAAACAGAUAACAAAGGUAGGUGAGAUUGGUUCUUCAACAAUGCCUCACAAAGUAAAUCCCAUUGAUUUUGAAAAUAGUGAAGGUAAUCUUGGUGUAGCUAAUGGAGCAUUGGCCCAAUUAAGCGAGAAGUUACCCAUAUCUCGGUGGCAGCGUGACUUGACUGAUUCUACUGUUUUAAGAAAUAUGGGAGUUGGACUUGGACACUCUCUUCUUGCCUACAAAAGUACACUUCAGGGUAUAUCAAAGCUUCAGGUCAAUGAAAGCCGUAUCAAUGAAGAUUUGGACCAAUCCUGGGAGGUCCUUGCCGAACCAAUACAGACAGUCAUGCGACGAUACGGUGUUCCAGAGCCUUAUGAGAAGCUAAAGGAACUAACCAGAGGAAAAACAGUUACCAAGGAAAGUAUAAGGAGAUUUAUUGAAGGGUUGGAAUUACCUAAAGAAGCCAAGACAAAUCUGUUGGAACUAACACCUCAUAGCUAUGUUGGAGCAGCGGUUGAAUUGGCUAGGGAUGUAGACAUGGCCUUGAAUCUUGUGAACAGAGGUGAGCUCUUUUAAAUUCCGGGGCAUUGAUUUGACAAGGUCACAUUUUUGCAAGUGAUGUACAACAUUUGAUGAGCGUACAACUUUGGUUCUACCUUCGCAUUCCUAUUCCUAUUUCUGACCUUCUUACAAAAUUUAUGUAACUUAAUAAAUGCAUGAAGUUCGUGA